GACCCCCGGCGCCGGUCUCACAUCCCAGCCGGCUGAGAUGGAGGCUAACGCGGCAGGCAGCAGCACCGGGGGCGGCGGCAUCGGUGGCGGCAUUGGGGGCGAGGACGGGGUGCACUUCCAGAGCUAUCCCUUCGACUUCCUGGAGUUCCUCAACCACCAGCGCUUCGAGCCCAUGGAGCUGUAUGGGGAGCAUGCCAAAGCGGUGGCGGCCCUGCCCUGCACCCCCGGGCCCCCUCCGCAGCCUCCUCCGCAGCCCCCGCCGCCCCAGUACGACUACCCACCCCAGGCCACCUUCAAGCCCAAGGCCGAGACGCCUUCAUCCUCAUCGUCCUCCUCCUCUUCGUCCUCUUCGUCCUCGUCGUCGUCCUCCCAAGCCAAGAAGCCUGACCCGCCCUUGCCUCCCGCCUUCGGGGCACCCCCGCCGCCCCUUUUUGAUGCUGCCUUCCCCGCCCCCCAGUGGGGCAUCGUGGACCUCUCAGGACACCAACACCUGUUUGGGAACCUGAAACGUGGAGGGCCCGCAUCCGGACCCGGGGUGACGCCAGGGCUGGCCACUGCAGCUGGGACACCUGGGCCGCUCCCUGCCCCUUCGCAGACCCCGCCGGGCCCCGUUGCAGGGGCGGCCUGCGACCCCACCAAGGACGACAAGGGCUACUUCCGGAGGCUGAAGUACCUGAUGGAGCGGCGCUUCCCGUGCGGUGUGUGCCAGAAGUCCUUCAAGCAGUCCUCGCACCUGGUCCAGCACAUGCUGGUGCACUCCGGGGAGAGGCCUUAUGAGUGUGGCGUCUGUGGCCGUACCUACAACCACGUCUCCAGCCUCAUCCGCCACCGCCGCUGCCACAAGGACGCUCAGCCCGCCGCCGGGGUCCCACCGCAACCAGGUGCGACCCUUCCACCAUUGGGCCUGCCUGCUCCCCCUGCCGCUGCAGGCGCCCCCACGCCAGUCCCUGCGGGCCCUCCGUCCACAGUCACCGCCCCCGCCGCCUCUGUGGAAGGAAACGCAGCCCCAGGCGCAGCGGCAAGUGUAGGGGCGCCCCCUCCGGCUGCGGGUAGCGGUGAGGGCCCCUUCGCCUGUCCGCUCUGCUGGAAGGUCUUCAAGAAGCCCAGCCAUCUGCACCAGCAUCAGAUAAUCCACACAGGAGAGAAGCCCUUCUCGUGCUCCGUGUGCAGCAAGAGCUUCAACCGCAGGGAGAGCCUUAAGCGCCAUGUGAAGACCCACUCGGCCGACCUGCUGCGCCUGCCCUGCGGCGUCUGUGGCAAGGCCUUUCGCGACGCUGCCUACCUACUCAAGCACCAGGCGGCGCACGCGGGCGCUGCGGGACCCCGGCCCGUGUACCCCUGCGACCUGUGUGGCAAGUCCUACUCGGCACCGCAGAGCCUGCUCCGCCACAAGGCGGCACACGCACCGCCCGCCACCCCUGAUGCGCCCAAGGAUGCAGCGGCUGCCGUUUCGCAGCCCGCGCCCACCUUUCCCCCGGGCCCCUACCUGCUGCCACCCGACACCCCUGCCACCGACAGUGAGAAGGCGGCGGCGGCUGCAGCAGCCGUGGUUUACGGGGCCAUGCCCGUGCCGCUUCUAGGUGCGCACCCUCUGCUGCUCGGGGCAGGGACCAGCGGGGCAGGUGGUACAGGCGCCAGCGGCCCUGGAAAGACUUUCUGCUGCGGAAUCUGUGGGCGUGGCUUCGGGCGCCGCGAGACCCUGAAGCGCCACGAGCGUAUCCACACGGGCGAGAAGCCACACCAGUGUCCCGUGUGUGGAAAGCGCUUCCGCGAAUCCUUCCACCUGAGCAAGCACCACGUGGUACACACCCGCGAGCGCCCCUACAAGUGUGAGCUCUGUGGCAAGGUCUUCGGCUACCCGCAAAGUCUGACGCGCCACCGCCAAGUGCACCGGCUGCAGCUGCCCUGUGCCCUGGCCGGGGCCGCGGGCCUCCCCACCACCCAGGGCGCGCCCGGGGCCUGCGGCCCAGGCUCCUCGGCCACGGCCACGGGGGCCGCCGAGGGCCUGAGCUAUGCCUGCUCGGACUGCGGUGAGCACUUCCCAGAUCUCUUCCAUGUCAUGAGCCACAAAGAGGCCCACAUGACGGAGAAGCCCUACGGUUGUGAUGCCUGUGGCAAGACCUUCGGCUUCAUUGAGAACCUCAUGUGGCACAAGCUGGUGCACCAGGCCGCCCCCGAGCGCCUGCUCCCGCCCACAACCAGUGGCCAGCAGCCCGCGGAUGGCUCUGGUGGCGCCGAGGCAGCCAACGUGCUGGACAACGGGCUGGCAGGGGAAGUGGGGGCGGCCGUGGCGGCGCUGGCAGGGGUGUCUGGGGGCGAUGACGCCGGCAGCGCGGGGGGCACUGGGGGCAGUGGGGGCGCCAGCUCAGGCCCUGAACGCUUCAGCUGUGCCACUUGCGGCCAGAGCUUCAAGCACUUCCUGGGCCUGGUCACUCACAAGUACGUGCACCUGGUGCGGCGGACCCUGGGCUGCGGCCUUUGUGGCCAGAGCUUCGCUGGUGCCUAUGACCUGCUCCUGCACCGGCGCAGCCACCGGCAGAAGCGGGGCUUCCGCUGCCCGGUGUGCGGCAAGCGCUUCUGGGAGGCAGCUCUGCUGAUGCGCCACCAACGCUGCCACACGGAGCAGCGGCCCUACCGGUGUGGCGUGUGCGGCCGAGGCUUCCUGCGCUCCUGGUACUUGCGACAGCACCGCGUGGUGCACACGGGUGAGCGAGCCUUUAAGUGUGGCGUGUGCGCCAAGCGGUUUGCCCAGUCAUCCAGCCUGGCAGAGCACCGGCGGCUACACGCCGUGGCCCGGCCCCAGCGCUGCGGGGCCUGCGGCAAGACCUUCCGCUACCGCUCCAACCUGCUGGAGCACCAGCGGCUGCACCUGGGUGAGCGCGCGUACCGAUGCGAGCACUGCGGUAAGGGCUUCUUCUACCUGAGCUCUGUGCUGCGCCACCAACGUGCCCACGAGCCGCCGCGGCCUGAGCUCCGUUGCCCCGCCUGCCUCAAGGCCUUCAAGGAUCCUGGCUACUUCCGCAAGCACCUGGCGGCCCACCAGGGCGGCCGGCCCUUCCGCUGCUCCUCCUGCGGGGAGGGUUUCGCCAACACCUACGGCCUCAAGAAACACCGCCUGGCGCACAAGGCGGAGGGCCUUGGGGGGCCUGGAGCAGGGGCCGGCACCUUGGCCGGGAAGGAGGCCUGACCAGGUGGGCUUCUCAUUCGCCACUCCAUUCAGAUGACCCCUUCCAGACUCGCCCCUCCCCGGCCGCAGGUCAGACUGCCCGCUCCCCACUGUUUCCCCCUCCAUCUUUCAGAAAUUCAGACAGACUAGCCUCCUUCCAGGCCAGUUUGAUGUACAAACUGAAGGCUGAAUCACUCCCGACCAGGACCUCUCUGGCCCUCCUCUAAUCCCAUCUGACACUGAACUUGAUCCUCCCUACAGCCCCGUUUUGUAACCCCAUCAGCCCCCCUGCUCCAGCAGCAUUCUGUCCCCCACAAGCCUCGGUGGAGGUGGGUAUGAACUGCCCUUCCCCUUCCUUGGGUUCCAGCUGGACUGUGGGAUAUGAGCGGAAUUGGGAGGGCACAAAGGGGCCUGGGUGCUCUUUUG